AUGUUAGGAAUUAAAGAAAAGAUUCAGGACAGCAAAAAAGAUGGUGAUGUGAUUACUUGCAAUAAUAUUAGAAUAUAUGUGUCAAAGCAAAAACCUAAAUAAUUUGAUGGCCUAUUGUAUGCCUUGAUGAAAGCAUUUGAAAAUCUGAAAAUUGAAUUUGAAUUGAAUGUCAUCGAUUCGCGUGAUGCAUUUGGAUAUUAAUUGCCCAUUUUGCGCCUCGAAAACAGGAUUAUUUAGAGAUAAUCAUUUUUAGAUACGAUAAGAGUAAUAUAUUUGCAUAGUGAUGAUGAUAAUUAAGGAGAAGAAAAGAAUAGUAGAGUUUCAAAUUUCAUAGAUAUAUGCUAGAAAUUAGAUCAAAUUUCUACAUAUUUUCAAUAUUUUGAUGAUGAAACUGAAUAUCUUUAUCGCGAUGCCUAUAAAUGGAUUGUUCAUCCUAUUAAAAAAUUGGCUUAUCGCUGGAAGAUGAGGGUUUUUUCCCACUUUUUUGAAGAAAAGGGAUUAUUAAAUAAAUCGAACGUUCUAAAUGAUACAAUAAUAAUUUUGAAUAAAUUGAUUGAAAUGUUUGAGUAGAACAAAUUCAAGUCAUUUAGUCAGGGCAGCUACCAUGGAAAGAGCUCUUGUGGCUUGGAUAUUUGCGACAUUUUGAUUACAGGUAUUUUCUCUUAAAUUAAACUCAAUCUUUCAUAAAAAUGUGAUUUGACUAAGCUGAUAGAAUAAGAAAAAUUUAUGAAAAUAAGAGACUUUUGUGCAUCAUUCUUUGAAGCAAAUUAACCAAAAAUAUUAAAUUAGCUUUAAUAAGGUGGAGAUGAUAAUAAUUCCUGUUAGUAUGUUCUUAAAUAAGUUGGAUGUUUUAGAUCUUAACACGAAAGUGAAUAGUCUAAUGUAAACGUGUGUUUAUUCUAUGAAACAAGCAAUCAUCAUGAAGUGUAAGAAGCUAGAGAAGCAGCAAACUAAUAACCCCUUAGUGCAAAAAAGAUUAAAAAAAUGAUGAUCAACAAUAUUAGUAUCAACUCAAUUUCACUUUUGCUAAUGUUCGUAGUUUUAUUAAAAAAUGCACCCAGAUAAGCUCAACAAAUGACCACACAAUGA